UUCUUUUGUUUAAGUCCAAUCUAACCGAAAUGGAUCAUGGCGGCGACACGAGUAAUGGAACCUUUACCAAUCCCUGUAGAAUGAUGAUGUAUUUCCAUACUCGUCCGUGCGAGAUGAUCCUUUGGAAGGGAUGGCUGCCCACAACGGUGACCAAUUUCGUGCUUUCCGCCAUAGCCAUAUUUUUGCUUUGUUUCGUUUAUGAAGUGAUUAAGUUCGUGCGUGAGCAGCUACUGGUUCGGGAUGCUCGCAAGGACAGGGAAGCCCGACGCAUUGCUCGGGAGCUGCAGAAUAAGGCCGAAAAUAAUGGCUGCUCCGACGGCUGCUCCAAUGCAGCCACGGAGUUUCGCGAGAAAAGUGUCAAGGAACGGAUGUUUGCUUCAGGGCAUCUUGUGCAAACACUUCUGAAUAUGAUUCAGAUUACUAUCUCGUAUUUAAUCAUGUUGAUUAUCAUGUUGUACAACUACUGGUUGUGCUUAGCCAUUAUCUUGGGUCUGGGUAUGGGCUACGUUUUCUUUGGUUGGGUUAAGAAGGACCCAGAUGCGAGUGAAUGCUGUCCCUAAGCCCAAUCCAGAAGCUUGACGAGAACAGUUAAUUAAGAAUCAUAAUGUGCCAUCACCCUUUACAUGCUAUGUAUAUGUACUAUAUAUCAUAUGCAUUAAGAGUAAAGCAGACUAAAAUACGAAAGCUCGUCACCAUUUACCGCACAUUAAUUACCAAUUGAAAAUACAAAUA